AAAUACCUAUUCAUUAUUUCACAACAAAAAAAUAAAUGAGUUGUAAAUAGUGCAGCUAUCUAUUGUUGUUGCACUUGUAAAGUUGAUUAGAAAACAAAUAAUUAAAUUAAUUACAAGAGGAACGGACUGAAGAAUCGUAUUAUUUCUUAAUGUUUAAGCUAAAAUAUAACCCUUACAUUAGAGUGUGUGAAAGAAUAUCAGUGAAAAAGUGAUAACAUACAAUUUACAAUAAUAUUUGGCAAUUCAAAGUUAGAUAAUGGAUUUAAUAAGCCUAUUUGAUCGAAAUCAACCUGACGACGGUUUUGACGAAGAACCCUAUAUACGUCACAAAUCUGGCAUGGACUCAAAUGCCAAUAGUGGUCUCAGUGGUAGUAGCAGCAGCGAAAGCGAACUAGAUGGCAAGAAUAAUAGAAUAAUUAUAGAUUUUGAUCAAGACAUGCUGCCGCCCGAACCACAAUUGGGAAAUAUUGAAUAUAAGUUAAAGUUAAUAAAUCCCUCCAAGCAAAGAUUUGAACAUCUAGUGACACAAAUGAAAUGGCGUCUACGAGAAGGCCAUGGCGAGGCUAUUUACGAAAUAGGUGUCUCAGAUUCUGGCCAUUUGCAUGGAUUAAAUGAGAAAGAUAUGAAUGCUUCCUUGUGCACACUGAAGCAAAUGGCCCACAAGUUGGGUGCCAGUACCUCGGUGCUGAGGCGGAAAUAUGUGGCAGGCCGCAGAUCCGUAUCCGAAGUUUUGGUACGUAAAAUCCCCGACGAUCAACAUAAUAUCGAAGUUAGAGUAGCUGUAUUGGGUGGUGCUGAUGCUGGUAAAUCAACACUGCUGGGUGUUCUGACACAGGGCGAAUUCGACAAUGGCCGAGGACGAGCCCGUCUUAAUAUGUUCCGGCACAUGCAUGAAAUACAAUCGGGAAGAACGUCUUGUAUAUCACACGAAACGCUAGGAUUUGAUACCCAAGGCAAUAUAAUUAACUAUAAAUAUAAUGAAAUGAUGACGGCUGAGGAGAUAAGUGAUCGUUCCACCAAAUUGGUAACCUUCAUGGAUUUGGCCGGCCAUAGGCGAUAUAUGAGGACAACAGUACAGGCUCUGUCGGGCUAUUCGCCGCAUUAUGCCAUGCUUGUGGUAUCGGCGGGUGGUGGCUUCAAUGGCACCAGCCAGGAGCAUUUGUCCAUAGUGAGAGCGCUCGAUAUGCCCUUUUUUGUGGUUAUUACCAAGACAGAUAUCACCUCGCCAGAUCAGACAAUACAAGAGUUGAAGAAUCUAUUAACAUCCAUUGGUUGCCGCAAAGUACCUUUUGUUGUCACAAAUACAGAUGAAGUGAUUUCUGCUGGCUCCAAUCAAUUCUCCGAAAAUAUUGUACCCAUAUUUUGUGUCUCCAAUGUAACGGGAUCUGGAUUAAAUCUUGUCACCAGAUUCCUAUAUGUCCUUUCGCCGGGCAUAAGCAAUUCGGAGAAAGAACGUUUGGAACAAGAGUCAUGCGAAUUUCACAUAGAUGAAAUAUUUCGAGUAUCAGAAGUUGGUCCUGUAGUGGGUGGCCUACUGGUCAAAGGUGUGUUAACUGAAAAUAUGCCCAUGAAAAUUGGUCCAUUGCAAUGUGGCAGUUUUCAUUCUGUAACCGUGCACACGAUACAUCGCAAUAAGGCCCCAUGUCGGGUGGUGAGGGCAGGACAGAGUGCUUCAUUGUCAUUUACACCGAAUCAACAGUUGCCAGCACUACGCAGCGGUAUGGUUUUGUUAACAGAUUCGGGAAAUACGGACGAUGAACCAUAUGGCACAUUGUUUUUCCAGGCCAAAGUUUCUGUCUUAUUUCAUGCUACAGCAAUUUAUGUGGGAUUUCAAACAACGGUCCACAUUGGUAGCAUAAGACAAACAGCGAUCAUAAGAGGCAUUAUGGGUGGCGAGAAAAUCGAGACGAAUGACAGCGCUUCGGUUAUGUUCCAGUUUGUGGGCCAUCCCGAAUAUGUGCGGACGGGCAUGAGAGUUCUAUUUCGAGAAGGCUCAAACAAGGGUAUUGGUGUGGUAACACAAGUAUUUCCCCUCAACAAAUCCCUAUUUAGUUAUUAGGUCUAAGGGCAGGCUUAAGAAGUAAAAUCAACACACUUCGUUGUUAAGUUAGCAGUUUACAUACACAACAAUGUUAAUGAACCCUCUCAAAUUGUACCUCGGAUAUUAUAAACCAUAUAGUACAUACGCAUAUGUAUAACAUUUUUGGAUCUAUAGUAAGAUGUAAUAAUAUUGGGCUGUGUUAGCCUGCCACUGAAGUGAAGUGUGAAGAAAAUUGGGAAGAGUUUGACGUUUUAUAAGUUUUAACUGUGAUUUUUGUUAAGACAGCAAACAUAUUUUUGAAAAGGAUGACAUUUUUUUUUAUUUUAAGUGUAGUUCAGUUUUUUUUUUUGAUAUGAUUUAGAACACCACCCGAAUGAUUUGAAUUAGUUAGCUAGAAUAUCCUGAUUUUUCUCACCUUAAUAAUUUAUUAAUUAUAACUGAGGCAUUACAAGUUAGUUAUUUUCUCUUUCAUCAGCGACGUCAUUGUACUUAAAUAAGUUAAAUAAAAAUGUAAAGAAACUAGCAAUAAAUAUUUGAAUUGUAUCUAUUUAGCAAAGAGCUCCCACUUUUUUUUUUGUUUACCAUUUCUAUAGUGGUAAUAUAUUCUAAAUGUAAAAAAAAAUAUGUAUAUGAAAAUAAAUAAUAAUUAACAACUAAACUUUAA